AUGACCGCUCCCGUGAACCUCUUCGAGGUCGGCGCGCGCCUGGCCGAGCUCUGGCUGCUGCGGGGGCACGCUUGCCCGCCUUGCAGCUGCCCGCCCUGCCCGGCCCAGACCUGCUCGCUGACGUGCAGCGGGCCGGCCUCCAGCCACAGCGAGCCCUGCUCGGCCUCGGAGGCGCCGGGAGGCCCCGGCUGGUCCUCCGAGUGGCUGGCCGCGGCGGCUGGCGCGGGCCUCGGCUGGCUCGCCGCGCGCUGCUGGCCUCCGGCGGUCACGCUCGCCGUCGCCUUCGCCGCCGAGGUGCCGCCGGUCCCAGACCGCGCUGCGCCGCAGCCGCCGCCCGUGGCGACAGGUGGGCCAGUGACGCCGAGCCAGCUCACGCUGGACCUGGCAGAGCCGCAGGUCCUCAUCAACUUCCCCGACGAUGCUGCGGGCCUGCGGUGGCAUCACCGCCUCCUUCUCAUCCAGACGCCCACGCCUGGUGUCUGGAUCGCCAGCACGCCCGACUAUUCGGUACACAGGCUGGACCUGAACGUGCAUCGCGUCGUUGCGCUGGCGCGCAACGGCCCCUUCCUUGCAGCUCAGUGGCAUGAGAGUUACGUCUUCGACAACCCGAUCCCCGCGGUGGACCACACGCGGAUCAGGCAGCAGGCUGGCUCGCUCGCCCUCGUCCUCGGCCAGGUCGGCCCAGCGCCCGCGGCGCCACCAGGUGCGGCAGGGGUCUGGCGAGUCGCCGACCCGUCGCACCGCGCCUUCGGGGACGAGAUCCCCGCCCAGGUCCUCAGCGACCCAGCCGCGUUCAUCACCCCCGACGCCGCCGGCGACGAGGACUACCUCUGCGGGCUCGUGAUGAUCGACGGCUGCUGGACUUUCUGCCAGCUCGUGGCCGACUCAGAUAAGGACGCCUGGGAGAGGGUUCUCAUCUCCGACCACCGCAAGGACGCGCGGGUCGCGGGCGACUCUCGCGACCCGCUGACUGGCCAGCGCCUCUCCUCCUUCGUCGACUCCUUGGCCCUCCAGUACGCGGCCUCGGACCCACCGUUCCCCCUCGGCGGCCAGAGGGUCGCUCACGAGUACAUGCGGACCUUGCGCGCCACGGGCAUGGAGGGGGUCACUCCCCACCUGGACUUCGUCCACAAGUCGGACAUCUCGCCCAACAGUAACAUCACGCGCGCAAGCCGUCGACUGACCGACGCGCCGCACGCCUUCCAGCAACAGGACAUGCUGAACCUUCCCAGCCUCGUGGGCAUCGAGGUCCUGGUGCGCUACCUCGCCCAGAUCGAGAUGGCGGUGGCCUGCAACCAUCGGAGCCCAGACUUCCAGGACCUCGACGCGGUCGUCGCCUCCACGGUCAACGAGCACGGCGGCCUCGUCUUGCCCGAGUACACGAAGUACAUCGCCCAGAUCCAGAAGGCGCUCAUGGCUCUGAACGACCUGGGCGCGCCGCUGGCGGCUGCGCGGCGUCUCGCCUCGGCCCUGCCCGCGAACGCUGCCCAAGCAUUUGUUCUCCAGCGCGUUCAUCAGCGAGCGGCUGCCUUCGGCGAGCCGCUCGGCGAGGACGUGCAUCGUCUGAAGAUUCUCGACAGCGGCAUACGGCCGCUUCCCAUCCGCUCGCUGGUCCCUGGCUCGCUGCUGCCGCUCAUCGACCACCCCGAGAAGUACCUCUACCGGUCGCAGGCGGUGCUGGGCGCGAUGACCGAGGCCGGCGAGCUGCUGGCCCCCGUGCACCCGUUCUGGGACGUCAACCUGAGGCGCGACCCCAAGCUCCGGCUCGACCUCUUCAAGAAGCUCAUCCGCAUCGGGCUGGUGGGCGUGCGGACCCGCUGCCGCGUCCGCGCCAGCAUCUUCUUCGUGGACAAGAAGGACGGGUCGCGGACGAGGAUGGUCAUCGAUGGCCGGGAGCCCUCGGCCAUGCACCGUCGGCCGCCGCGGACCGAGCUCGGCUCCUCUGCCGCGCCCAGCGGCCUCUGCUUCGACGCCGACACGCUGGCGGACGGCGACUCGGGCUACCACGGGGCAAGUGCCGACCUCCGCCAGGGCUUCUACCAGAUGCAGUGGCUCGAGGUCGGCUCCUGGUUUUGCUUCGACUUCCCCAUGGCCAUCAAGAACUUCGACCUGGACUCCGUCUACGACGAGGCGAGCCGCUCCUACGUCCACGUCGACCGUGACACCGUGGUCUACCCUUGCUUCCAGGGUCCCGCGAUGGGCUGGAGCAUGGUCCUCUCGAUCCCCGCGGGCGCCGCCAGGAUCGUCUCCGAGCGCGCCCCCUGCGCCCGUCUCGGACGUGGCGAGCUGGCGGGGGCCUCCUACGUCGACAACGCCAACGUCGCCGGCUCCCCGCGGGAGCUCGUGGACGCCGCGCUGCGCGCCAUCCUCCGCGAGUUCGAGAGGCGCGGCCUCUCCUUCCACGAGGUCUGCUACGCGACGCAGGACUUCGUCUGCCGCGGCGUCCGCUUUGACUUCCUCCUCGGCCGCGCCGUGCCGCAGCGCGACCAGGCUUGGCGGCUGCGCCGCGCCGUCACCGCCCUGAUCGACCGCCGCGGCUGCACGGCGACGGCCAUGGAGGUGAUCCUUGGCCACGUCGAAAAAAAACACUUCAUGCUCAUGCGGCCCGCCCUGGCGAUCCUGAGCUCCCUCUACCGCGUGGCCUACUCGGACUGCGACUACUGCAAGUUCGACGUGGAGCAGCUGCGCGAGCUCGGCCUCGUGAAGGCGCUGAUCCCGCUCGCGGGCGUCGACCUCGGCGCCCCAUGGCACCCCUGGGCCUGCUGCUCGGACGCCAGCAUGUGGGGCCACGCUCUGGCCACGUCCAAGUUCGAGCCCGACGAGCUCAGGGACAUCGGGGCCUACCGCGAGCGCUGGCGCUUCCUUGCCCUCGACCGCUGCUCCGACGACCCCAGGGGCCUUCCAGGCGCCGAGUGCUCGACGCUGGCCAGCUACGCCGCCGGCGCCAGCGACGACGCCGCCUUCGCCGGCCCGGGCCCGUGGCAGCUCGUGGUGCGCGGCGCCUUAAGAUUCCUCUUCGGCGCGCCGGCCCGCGUCCCCGAGGGCCGCGCGACCCUGCUGGGUCUCCGCCGGGCCACCCCGCCCGUCGCGGCCCAUGGUUGCCGCGCCCCGUCGAUCGGCGACAACCUCUCCUCCAUGAUGGCCUUUGAGAAGGGCAGGUGUGCCAAUCCUGUCCUGCGGCAGCUCGCCUGCCAGGCUGCCGCUCGGCAGCUCGCCACGGGCAUCCAGCACUACCACCGCUACUCGGAGAGCAAGCGGAACCCCACCGACUACGACUCCAGGGCCGCCGACCGCUUCGAGCUCGCGCCCGGCCAGACGCAGCGGGGCGCGGCUCGCGACCUCGGCGUCACCAUCAGCCUGCCGCCCACGCCGCAGGCGCCGCCUGCCGGCCCAGUCGCCGCUGUCGGGACCGGCGAGCUGCCCUGCUCCCCAGGGCCCCCCGCGGGCCAUGGCGUUGGGCCCCGCCUGCUUAGCGGCUGGCCGCGCACCCGCGCGAGGGCUCGGUGCAUCCUCGAGCUCUACGCCGGCUGCACGCGGCUGGCGGCCGCCUGCCUCGACGAGGGCCUCCAGGCUUGGGUCCCCGUCGACAUCUCGCGCGGCUCCUGGCGCGACCUGACCGACAAGAAUGUGAUUGGC